UAAGGAGGUAAGAGAGCAACGGAGCUAGCUGAUACACAGCCAGGUUGCUGCUGGCUGCAGUGUAUAGACUGAGAAGCUGCUGCUGCUGCUGCUGGUCUCCCCCUUGCUCUGUGCUGGGGAGGAGCUAGCUUGGCUCCUGGGUAGAGGCAGAAGAAGCAGCUGCUUCACGUGUGUGCCUGGCACUGGCUAUUGCUGGAGCUGCUCCCAGCCUGGGCAACUUCUUCCAGCGUCCCUGCUCUAUCCCCCAAUCAAGCAGCACAUGACCUAGGGAGGUCUGCUAGAAGGGGGUGUGUGUGACUGUGAUCCAUGCUUGGAGGAGAAACUCCCUGGCAGGACCAAGAAACAAGUGUGGACUGUACUGCUCCAGGACUGGUGGCCGGCUGGGACUGAAGCACAAGUUGUACCCUUCCAGUCGUCCCUUGUUUGCAUUGAUUUGCCAUUCCCAUGAUGUUUUCCAGGUUGGGAUCCAGAGAGAGGGAAGUGCUCAGAGUGGAGAAGAAUGAAAGUAACGAUUUAAUUUCCAUGACGGUGUAAAACAUCCCUGGUAACAGCCUGCAUCAAAGAUAAAUCAAGUGUGAGAAGCAAUUUUCAAGUACGUCGGACUGUUGUGGGCACAGAAUGAACUUAAUAUGGAUGUAAAAGAACGUAGGCCUUAUUGUUCCCUGACAAAGAGCCGGCGAGACAAAGAAAGACGUUACACCAAUUCUUCGGUGGACAAUGAUGACUGUAGAGUGCCUACACAAAAAUCGUACAGCUCAAGCGAAACCCUGAAAGCUUUUGAUCAUGAUUCUUCACGGCUGCUUUACGGAAACAGGGUGAAAGACCUGGUUCACAGAGAAGUAGAUGAAUAUCCCAGACAAGGACAGAACUUUACCUUAAGACAGCUAGGUAUCUGUGAACCAGCAUCUCGCCGGGGACUGGCAUUUUGUGCAGACAUGGGACUGCCACACAGAGGCUACUCUAUCAAUGCAGGUUCAGACGCCGAGCCUGAAAAUGAAGGGGUGAUGUCUCCAGAGCAUGCAAUGAGACUUUGGGGCAGGGGGGUGAAAUCCGGGCGCAAUUCCUGUCUCUCAAGUCGUUCCAACUCAGCCCUGACACUGACUGACACAGAGCACGAGAACAAGUCUGACAGCGAAUCUGGUUCUCCCAUGCCAUCCUCAUCUUCUAGUGCUUCAGUUAUUGAGCAUUUACAUCCCCCUACUCCAUCAUCCCAUCUCCAUGACAACCAGAGGUGGUUAUUAAGUGCUAGUGCCAAGCAGUCAAUUCAGGGCUCUGAUGACGAGUUCAAUGCCAGCACACGUUUGGUGCAUACAACCUUUCUGGCAGAGAGUGUGCAAUGUCAUGAGCAAUCGCCAAACAGCCAAGGUCAAUCAACUUUGCAGCCUUUACCACCUCCUCACAAGCAGCAUCCCGCAGUACAGCAGCCGUCCAUCACAUCCCUCAACCGCAAUUCUCUGACACAUAGGAGGAACCAAAGUCCGGCCCCGCCGGCUGCGCUGCCCGCCGAGCUGCAAACCACACCUGAGUCCGUCCAGCUGCAGGACAGCUGGGUCCUUGGCAGUAAUGUGCCACUGGAGAGCAGAAAAUUAGCAAAUCACCCAGUACUUGAAAAUGGGCAUGACAACCUGAUAGAGAUGGCUGUGUUUCCACCACCUUGCCAUGAUGGAGACUAUGGGGAUGGGCAUUUUCUAUUCAAAACAGGAACAGGGACAACCCCACUGUUUAGCACUGCUACACCCGGAUACACAAUGGCAUCUGGCACUGUUUAUACUCCUCCCACGAGACCACUUCCUCGGAACACCUUAUCAAGAAGUGCUUUUAAAUUCAAAAAGUCCUCAAAGUACUGUAGUUGGAAAUGUACAGCACUCUGUGCCGUAGGGGUAUCCGUACUAUUGGCAAUACUACUCUCCUAUUUCAUAGCCAUGCAUCUGUUUGGCCUCAACUGGCAGCUACAGCAGACAGAAAAUGACACUUUUGAGAAUGGAAAAGCAAACUCAGACAUGGUGCCAACACAUACUGUAUAUGUGCCACCUGGUGAUAAUGGAAAAUCUGGUGGUCUUGGACAAGAAAACAAUACAAUUGACUCUGGGGAGCUGGACGUAGGACGAAGAGCAAUGCAAGAGAUCCCUCCAGGUGUGUUUUGGCGAUCGCAACUCUCCAUCGACCAGCCGCAGUUCCUAAAGUUUAAUAUCACUCUUCAGAAAGAUGCACUCAUUGGAGUGUAUGGCAGGAAAGGAUUACCACCGUCACACACGCAGUACGAUUUUGUGGAACUUCUGGAAGGAAGCAGAUUAAUUUCAAGAGAGAAACGCAACCUGCUGGAGUCUGAGAAGGCUGCUCGGCUUCCGAGGUCUGUCAGUUUAUACGAAGCUGGCUUCAUCCAGUAUCUGAACUCCGGAAUCUGGCACAUAGCAUUUUAUAAUGACGGCAAAAAUCCUGAACUGGUGUCCUUUAACACAAUAGUAAUAGAGUCCGUUGUGGAAUGUCCCAGAAAUUGUCAUGGAAACGGAGAAUGUGUUUCAGGAACCUGCCAUUGUUUUCCUGGGUUUCUAGGCCCCGAUUGUUCAAGAGCAGCCUGUCCUAUAUUGUGUACUGGGAAUGGUCAGUACGCCAAGGGACGCUGUCUCUGUUACAGUGGCUGGAAAGGAACGGAGUGUGAUGUGCCCAGUACGCAAUGUGUCGAUUCUCUUUGUGGUGGACAUGGAAUUUGUAUCAUGGGAUCCUGUGCGUGUAACUCCGGUUAUAAAGGAGAAAACUGUGAGGAAGCUGAUUGCCUGGAUACAAUGUGUUCCUAUCAUGGGGUUUGUAUUCACGGAGAAUGCCACUGCAACCAAGGAUGGGGAGGUAGUAACUGUGAAAUCCUGAAAUCUAUGUGUCCAGACCAGUGUUCCGGCCACGGCACAUACAUUCAAGAAUCUGGAAGCUGUACUUGUGAUCCCAACUGGACUGGACCUGAUUGCUCAACUGAAAUUUGUGCCGUUGACUGUGGCUCCCAUGGUGUCUGCAUGGGUGGAUCGUGCCGGUGUGAGGAAGGAUGGACAGGGCCUUCCUGCAGCCAAAGAGCCUGCCACCCUCGCUGCUUGGAGCAUGGUACCUGCAAAGACGGAAAGUGUGAAUGUAACCAGGGCUGGAAUGGAGAGCAUUGCACAAUUGCUCACUAUUUGGAUAAGAUAGUUAAAGACAAGAUAGGAUAUAAAGAAGGUUGUCCGGGACUCUGUAACAGCAAUGGAAGAUGCACCCUGGACCAAAAUGGAUGGCACUGUGUGUGUCAACCGGGCUGGAGGGGAGCAGGCUGCGAUGUAGCCAUGGAGACAUUGUGUGCGGACAGUAAGGACAAUGAAGGAGAUGGCUUAAUCGACUGUAUGGACCCAGACUGCUGCUUGCAGAGCUCCUGCCAGAAUCAGCCGUAUUGCCGAGGUCUACCUGAUCCACAGGACAUUAUCAGCCAGAGCCAGCAGUCACCGUCCCAGCAGGCUGCCAGGUCUUUCUACGAUAGGAUCAGCUUCCUCACAGGACCUGACAGCACCCAUGUCAUACCUGGAGACAACCCUUUCAAUAAAAGCCUUGCUUCUGUAAUCCGAGGCCAGGUUCUCACAGCCGAUGGAACACCACUCAUUGGAGUUAAUGUGUCAUUUCUACAUUACCCGAACUAUGGAUACACAAUCACACGCCAAGAUGGAAUGUUUGACCUGGUUGCCAACGGUGGUGCCUCUCUUACACUCAUGUUUGAAAGAGCUCCAUUCCUGACACAAUAUCACACUGUCUGGAUCCCAUGGAAUGUGUUUUAUGUCAUGGACACCCUGGUUAUGAAGAAGGAGGAGAAUGAAAUACCAAGUUGUGACCUGAGUGGGUUUGUCAGACCGAACCCUGUUAUAGUGUCUUCUCCACUGUCCACGUUCUUCAGAUCAUCUCCUGAGGACAGCCCUAUAAUCCCUGAGACACAGGUGCUUCAUGAAGAGACGACCAUUCCAGGGACAGAUCUUAAAUUAUCCUAUUUGAGUUCAAGAGCUGCAGGCUAUAAAUCUGUUCUUAAAAUUACAAUGACUCAUUCUGUAAUACCGUUCAAUCUAAUGAAAGUUCAUCUCAUGGUCGCAGUGCUUGGAAGACUUUUCCAAAAAUGGUUCCCAGCGUCACCUAAUCUUUCAUACACCUUCAUAUGGGAUAAGACCGAUGCCUAUAACCAAAAAGUGUACGGAUUGUCGGAAGCUGUGGUGUCUGUUGGGUAUGAAUAUGAAUCGUGCCUUGACCUUACACUUUGGGAGAAGAGGACAGCAAUUUUGCAAGGCUAUGAGUUGGAUGCCUCCAAUAUGGGUGGCUGGACUCUGGAUAAACAUCAUGUUUUGGAUGUCCAGAAUGGUAUCCUCUACAAAGGGAAUGGAGAAAACCAGUUCAUAUCUCAGCAACCACCUGUCGUUAGCUGCAUUAUGGGGAAUGGCAGAAGGCGGAGCAUCUCAUGCCCUAGUUGCAAUGGCCAGGCUGACGGCAACAAACUUCUUGCGCCUGUGGCCUUGGCUUGUGGACUUGAUGGAAGUUUGUAUGUGGGAGAUUUCAACUUCAUCCGACGAAUAUUUCCAUCAGGAAACGUAACCAGUGUGCUUGAGCUUAGGAAUAAGGAUUUUAGACACAGUAGCAACCUGGCUCACCGGUAUUACCUGGCUACUGAUCCUGUAACUGGAGAUCUGUAUGUUUCUGAUGCAAACACACGCAAAAUAUAUCGUCCUAAAUCACUCAUGGGGGCAAAAGAUUUGAUCAAGAAUGCAGAAGUGAUCGCUGGCACGGGGGAGCAAUGCACACCAUUUGAUGAGGCGCGGUGCGGAGAAGGAGGAAAGGCUGUGGAGGCAACACUCACCACUCCAAAAGGUAUUGCUGUGGAUAAGAAUGGAUUAAUCUACUUUGUGGAUGGAAAGGUCAUCAGAAGAGUGGAUCAGAAUGGAAUAAUAUCCACAUUACUUGGCUCAAACGACUUGACCUCGGCACGUCCUUUGACCUGUGACACAAGCAUGCAUAUCAGCGAGGUGAGACUGGAAUGGCCCACAGACUUGGCCAUUAAUCCAAUGGAUAACUCUAUUUAUGUUCUGGACAACAACGUAGUUUUGCAGAUCACUGAAAACCGUCAGGUCCGCAUUGCUGCAGGAAGGCCCAUGUAUUGCCAAGUACCUGGUGUUGAAUACUCAGUAGGAAAAUAUGCUGUUCAAGCAAUAUUAGAAUCUGCCACAGCUAUUGCAGUGUCUUAUAAUGGGGUCCUUUACAUCACAGAAACAGAUGAAAAGAAGGUCAACCGGAUUCGACAGGUAACUACUGAUGGAGAAAUUUCACUGGUUGCUGGCAUACCAUCGGAAUGUGACUGCAAAAAUGACGCCAACUGUGACUGCUACCAAAAUGGAGAUGGUUAUGCAAAGGAUGCUAAGCUGAGUGCUCCAUCGUCACUGGCUGCAUCCCCGGAUGGCACAUUAUACAUCGCAGACUUGGGAAAUAUCAGAAUUCGGGCUGUCUCCACAAACAAGCCUGUUCUUAAUUCAAUGAAUUAUUAUGAGGUUGCCUCACCAACUGAUCAAGAACUAUAUAUGUUUGAUGUUAAUGGUACCCACCAAUAUACCAUGAGCUUAAUAACUGGAGACUAUUUAUAUAACUUUAGCUAUAGUAAUGAAAAUGAUAUAACUGCAGUGACCGACAGCAAUGGAAACACUCUCCGCAUCAGACGGGAUCCGAACCGCAUGCCAGUGAGAAUUGUUGCACCCGAUAAUCAAGUGAUCUGGCUGACAAUAGGUACUAAUGGCUGCCUGAAGAGCAUGACUGCCCAGGGACAGGAAUUGGUGUUGUUUACCUAUCAUGGCAACAGUGGACUUCUUGCUACUAAAAGUGAUGAAACUGGCUGGACGACCUUCUUUGACUACAACAGUGAAGGUCGUCUUACCAAUGUAACGUUCCCAACCGGUGUGGUCACAAAUCUCCAUGGGGAAAUGGACAAAGCCAUCACAGUAGAUAUAGAGUCAUCUAGCAGAGAGGAAGAUGUCAGCAUUACUUCCAAUCUAUCUUCAAUUGAUUCCUUCUAUACAAUGGUUCAAGAUCAGUUGAGAAACAGCUACCAAGUUGGUUAUGAUGGUUCUGUCAGAAUUAUCUAUGGCAAUGGAAUGGAUUUUCACUUCCAGACGGAGCCUCAUAUUCUGGCUGGGCCAGCUAAUCCAACUAUGACAAAGAGAAAUAUGACUCUUCCAGGAGAGAAUGGGCAUAACCUGGUAGAAUGGAGGUUCCGUAAAGAACAAGUGCAGGGAAAAGUCAAUGUGUUUGGCCGGAAGCUCAGAGUAAAUGGCAGAAACCUACUUUCAGUUGACUAUGAUCGAACCAUGAAGACAGAAAAGAUCUAUGAUGACCAUCGAAAAUUCACCCUGAAGAUUACCUAUGAUAGUGCGGGCCACCCCACUCUAUGGCUCCCCGGAACAAACUUCAUGGCAGUCAAUGUCACCUACUCAUCAACCGGCCAGAUUGCCAGCAUUCAGCGUGGCACCACCAGUGAGAAAGUCGACUAUGAUGGGCAGGGCAGGAUUGUAUCAAGGUCAUUUGCAGAUGGCAAGACCUGGAGUUACACUUACCUAGAAAAGACAAUGGUCUUGCUGCUUCACAGUCAACGGCAAUACAUUUUUGAAUAUGAUUUAUUGGACAGGCUCUCCGCGAUCACAAUGCCUAGUGUUGCCAGACAUACAAUGCAAACGAUCCGUUCCAUUGGUUAUUACCGAAACAUAUAUAAUCCCCCAGAAAGCAAUGCAUCCGUUAUAAUGGAUUACAAUGAAGAAGGCCAGCUUUUGCAAACAGCUUUCCUGGGGACAGGUCGCCGAGUUCUGUAUAAAUACAAGAGACAAACAAAAGUAUCAGAAGUCCUAUAUGAUAGCACAAGAGUUAGCUUUACGUAUGAUGAGACUGCAGGGGUCCUGAAAACAGUUAAUCUUCAAGGAGAUGGGUUUAUUUGCACCAUUCGAUACCGGCAGAUUGGCCCGUUGAUUGAUCGCCAGAUAUUCCGCUUCAGUGAAGAUGGCAUGGUGAAUGCAAGAUUUGACUACAGUUACGACAAUAACUUCAGAGUGACAAGUAUGCAGGGCGUAAUCAAUGAAACCCCAUUGCCCAUUGAAUUAUAUCAGUUUGAUGAUAUAUCCGGAAAAAUGGACCAGUUUGGAAAGUUUGGUGUUCUCCAUUACGAAGUUAUCAAGGUAAUUUCAACAGCUGUAAUGACUUACACUAAGCACUUUGAUGCCCAUGGCCGAGUUAGGGAAGUCCGGUACGAUGUCCUAAGGUCAGAAAUGUAUAGACUUACUAUACAGUAUGACAGCAUGGGAAGAGUUACAAAACGGGAAAUUAAAAUUGGGCCUUUUGCAAACACCACUAAAUAUGCCUAUGAAUAUGACGGCGAUGGACAGCUACAGACAGUUCUGCUGAAUGAAAAAAUAAUGUGGAGAUACAAUUAUGAUCUGAAUGGUAAUCUCCAUUUAUUGAACCCUAGUAACAGUGGACGAUUAACCCCGCUACGCUAUGAUCUGAGAGACCGGAUAACAAGACUAGGUGAUGUUCAAUAUCGAUUAGAUGAAGAUGGUUUCCUGCGUCAGAGAGGGACGGAGAUCUUUGAGUAUAGCUCCAAGGGCCUUCUGACCAGAGUGUACAGCAAAGGCAGUGGCUGGACAGUUAUAUACCGUUACGAUGGUCUUGGUCGUAGAAUAUCCAGUAAAACCAGUCUUGGAAAACACCUGCAAUUUUUUUAUGCCGAUCUUAAUUAUCCCUCUAGGAUAACCCAUGUGUAUAACCAUUCUAGCUCGGAGAUCACCUGCCUUUAUUAUGAUCUCCAAGGACACCUGUUUGCAAUGGAAAUAAGUAGUGGAGAAGAAUUUUACAUUGCCUCAGACAACAAUGGCACACCUCUAGCUGUUUUUAGCAGCAAUGGCCUCAUGCUGAAACAUGUCCAGUACACCGCUUUUGGAGAGAUAUAUUUUGACUCUAACCCUGACUUCCAGCUAGUUAUUGGAUAUCAUGGAGGUUUGUAUGAUCCACUCACUAAGCUUGUCCACUUUGGACAGAGGGACUAUGACAUAUUGGCAGGACGCUGGACCACUCCUGAUAUUGAGUUAUGGAAGAAGAUUGGAAAGGACCCAGCACCCUUUAAUUUAUACAUGUUUAAAAACAAUAAUCCUGUCAGUAGACUCUACGAUAUCAAGGAUUACACAGAUGUUAACAGCUGGCUGAUGACAUUUGGGUUCUAUCUACACAAUUCCAUUCCUGGCUUCACAGCCCCUAAACUUGACCUAUCGGAACCAUCAUAUGAACUUUUGAAGAGUCAGCAAUGGGAUGAUGUACCGCCAAUUUCUGGAGUACAGCAACAGGUUUCAAGACAGGCAAAGGCUUUCUUGUCUCUAGGGAAAAUUCCUGAGAUUCAGAUUAGUAGACCUAAAACCAGAGAUGAGAAAUCAUGGCUGUGGUUCGCGACUGUGAAGUCUCUCAUUGGGAAAGGCGUCAUGCUGGCUGUGAAUGAAGGCAAAGUCAUCACUAACGUUCUCAAUAUUGCAAAUGAGGACUGCAUCAAGGUUGCAGCAGUUCUAAACAAUGCCUUUUACCUGGAGAACCUACAUUUCACCAUCGAGGGAAGAGACACCCACUAUUUCAUCAAAGCCACCACUCCUGAAAGCGACCUUGGAACCCUGAGGUUGACUAGUGGCCGUAAAGCCUUAGAAAACGGCAUUAAUGUAACUGUAUCCCAGUCUACCACAGUAGUGAAUGGAAGAACUCGCAGGUUUGCUGAUGUGGAAAUGCAGUACGGUGCUCUUGCCUUGCAUGUACGUUAUGGCAUGACCCUUGAUGAGGAGAAAGCUCGGAUCCUGGAACAAGCUAGACAGCGAGCCCUAUCACAUGCCUGGGCCAGGGAACAGCAGAGGGUGAGAGAUGGUGAGGAGGGCGCUAGGUUGUGGACUGAAGGAGAGAAAAGGCAGCUGCUAAGUGCUGGGAAAGUACAAGGAUAUGAUGGGUACUAUGUACUCUCUGUGGAGCAAUACCCUGAGUUAGCAGACAGCUCUUACAAUAUACAGUUUCUCAGACAAAGCGAGAUUGGAAAAAGGUAACACACUGGCCUUGCUGAGGCUGCCAAAGAGACAUAACACGCGUGCUUCCUCUAAAUGGGAGACGGAAACGUUUUGCUGCAUAGUUAUUUGAGCCGAAACAGUACGUUGGUUCAAAUAUCCUCUCUGUAGCACAAUCUCUAUCAGACUCUGCGAAUAGGAGAGCUUUUCUGGGGAAUGGAAAUGCUGUUUGCAAAACCCCUUUGUUUUUAUGAAUGACCUUAAGGUGAUCUGCUUUAAGAUAAUGUUUACAUAUGCAUAUCACUGCACUCGGACUGGAGAGUAAAGCCUAUAGAUUUUGUGGUAGGCUAUAUCUAUGUUCAUCCAGGCACUGUAUUUAAAAAAAAAAAAGAAUCAAACAAAAUAUCUGUACAGUGUUUCUGAAUAUUAUUGAAAUGUCAACCUUUGCUUACCAAGAGUAGUUUCUCGAUUCUCUCUCUCUCUUUCUCUCUGCAUAGGAUGUGGUAUAUAUCAUUGUUCAUUUUGAAACGUGGAGCAAAAUUACUGUUUAUAGACAGUUCAACUGCUUUUUCUGUGCUGCUUUAUAAAACAAGGACGAUGAAUUGGCACAAGUGACUUAUGCUACCAUGUGACUUUAAAUACCGAUUUUACAAUGCUCUAACAUGGUUUGCCUUGAAAAACUAUUGCAAGUAGAAUUCUCUUCAAGUUUGAGCAAAGGAAUCCGUUUUUUUUGUAAAUUAUGUGAAACAAGUUGUUUAUGGAUUUUUAUAGGAAUUACAAUUUACUGUACAUCAAAUAUUAGUCUCAGAGGAGUUAAUUUAUGUAAAAGUGUUUCAGAAAAUUUAUAUAUAAAAUAAAAUGAUAAAAAAUGAA